AGUACGACGCGAUCCUUCGUACUGUCCUCGUCAAUGUACAACUAUUAUUUACAAAAAAUCUCGGUAUUGGAUCCAGUCAAUUCAAUCGUAUCAUCGUGUUAACAUAUCCCUCUUAAUAUUGUGUUAUCAAUAAGCCUAUUAAAAACUAUUUUAUACUAAAUAAUUUAUAAAUUAACGAGCAUCGUUGUGAUUUUUUAUUUUUUAUAUUUUUUAAAUAAAAAGAAUAUAUAAAAGUAAAUAUAUAAUUUUUUGUUUGAUGUGAUGUGAUGUGUUAUUUAUCAAAGUGCAUCAGUGAUUUUUUUUUUUAAGACACCUACACGUUUGAUAGCCAUCAACAAACGUUGUAUUAUGUCACCCUCCCACAUGAUUUAAAAAUAAAAACUGCAUCAACUGCAUACGACUGCACCAACAUUUGACAUUUAUUUAUUAUUUUUAUUUCGUUUUUAUAUUCUUCAUUUAUUUGAUUGAUUACAAGAUUUUAAAUCAAUUAAUUUAUAGACUCUUUUUGUUUAAAGUUUAUUAUUUGUUAUUUAUUUGUUUGGAAAAGCUUUUUUUUUUUUGAAAAUAAAUUGACAGUUUUAGUGAAUUACACAUGAAAUGGAUGAAAUAAAUUGUGAAUUAUUUAUAUAAAUAUAUUUUUAUUUUCAAUGACAAUACAGUGCUGUGAAUAUUUAUGAUAAAUUUUUUUAUUUUUUACAUGUUGUUGAUUGAUUUUAAGUGUUGACAGAAUAUUUAAAAAAAUUUUAAAUAAAAAGGAAAAAAAUACAAACAGACGGAUUAAUAGUUGUUGAAAAAGUCAUAUGAAAUUUGGGCCAUAUGAGACACCAUAGAGUGUGUUGUCAAUGCUUAUGAAAUGGAUGUUACACCUUGUAUCAACGGAAUAGUUAAAAUAUAUGGAUACCCAUGGUUGGAAUUUGGCCGAAAUGUGCCAGCGUUAUCAUCACGCUGUACAACCAGUACAAAAUUCAUCACCAGGUAGAGAUCAAAACACAUCAAUCGUCCAGAAUUUAUCAACUGGAUCACAUUUUGAACAAGCCAGUCCUUCAUACUCUCAUUACACAAUGCUGGACAAUUAUGACAGGGGUGAGGUGACACCACCACCAGUGAAUAGUUAUGGAGGAUCACCAGGUUUAUUGGCUCUUCAUUCAUCCCUCUAUGGUACACCAACUAGAGGAUAUGAUAUUGAUUCUGGAAUUGAUGGAAAUGAAGGAGCCAUGAUGGAUGCUCAAAUUAUUCCAAUACCAGGUAUGCUGAGUAGUCCUAGCCACCAAAGACUCGAGGAUAUGUCUUGGCUGGCAUCUGGACAACAAUUGGACUAUCAACAAAGUUUAUCAUCAAUACCAACUGGUGUUAAAAUGUGUCAUCCAGGUAGUUCAGCAGCAAGAAGUCUAAAAGAACAACGUAUACGUCGUCCAAUGAAUGCAUUUAUGGUAUGGGCUAAAGUUGAAAGAAAAAAACUUGCUGAUGAAAAUCCAGAUCUUCAUAAUGCUGAUCUCAGCAAAAUGCUUGGUAAAAAAUGGCGUGGUUUAACACCCCAAGAUCGUCGUCCAUACGUUGAAGAAGCUGAAAGACUUCGAGUUAUACACAUGCAAGAACAUCCAAAUUACAAAUAUAGACCACGUCGUAGAAAGCAUGCAAAACGUACACCUGGUGCACCAUCAUCACCACCAAUAACAGCAUCAAAUACACCAGUAUCUAGGUCAAUACCCAGUGGUAAUACAACAGUUCACCAUUCAAUGAAUAAAAUGGAUGGUUAUCAAGGUAUGCCACAAUUACCAUGGGGUGGACAUUCACCAAUAUCAUCAAUUUAUCAUCAACAACAACAGCAAAGUAUUCAAGAUUAUAAAUCAGAAAAUAAUUCAUUAUACGGUAGUCCAUAUACUCCAAUUGUUCAUAGUCCAGAUAUUUCACCAAUAGCAAGUCCAGAACCUGAUGGAGAAGGAACGCACCUUCCAGCAUCACAAAAUCGAGACACAGACAGAGAAAUUAUGGAUGGUACAUCAAAGCAACAACAACAACAACAACAACAACACCAACAACAGCAACAACAACAGCAACAUAAUGAAAUGGUUGAACAGAGCAAACGUUACACCUACAUGAACACGGACAGUCAGUUGCAUACUGGACAUGCCGGAGGCACAAGCAUAUCUUCCUGUCAGAAUACUCAUGGCUAUACCGACACUUUGACCUAUAAGAAAUCGGUAUGUUAUUUGAACUUUGAAAGACAAACAACAAGUAUUGCUGCUGUUGGUAUUGCAAAUGGAAUGAUGGUAUCAUGCAAUAAACUUAGAUCAGGUUUUGAUAAUGUUGGAUCAGUAACUGGUACAUUUUAUCCUCCUGUUGCAUCACCACAUGAUCAAACAUUGCAUUAUAAUAAUCCACAGUCUUCAAAAAAUAAUAACAACUAUACAAUACAAUCAAAUGUUGAUAAUAAUUAUAAUCAUCAAGUUAAUUGUUCAAAUCGUCAACAAAAUAUGCAGAUGAGAACACAAAAUGAUCAAUGUUCACCUGUAUCACAUAGAUAUCAAAUUCACCAUCAAGAUUAUCAACAAGAGCAAAAUAAUACGAGUCAACAACAGCAGCAACAACAGCAGCAACAUCUGGGACACUUGGAACAAAGUAUAAAUGAAGAAGAACAAGAGCAGUUUGAAAAAUAUUAUAAAUAUAAUAUUCAUCCAACAAGUGUUGGACAUACUGGAAUGUUAUCACAUAAUGUUAUUGAUAGUAAUCAUAAUUAUGCUAGUGAUUUACGUUAUUAUACAUCACAACCAGGUCAAAUUGAUUUGUCAAGCUCACAGUGUAUUGGUGAUGAUCAACAGAGCAAGGAUCAACAGUGUCAAGCUGUUAACAUUGGUCAUUCAAUUGAGCAGUAUCAUCAAAAUCAUGAAAUGAAUAAAUAUCAAGAACAUCAACAACAACAGCAACAACAACAACAACAACAACAAUCUCAUUUACAACAAAAUCAGACUAAUCAAAAUGUAGAACAAGUUUCAAAAGGUGAUGAUGAUUUUAGUGUGAUACUGGCUGAUGUUCGCAAGACUUGCUACAGCAGUUAGUGGCACGUAAAAUAAAUGAAUAAAUCUUGAAUGUAUUUCUUGCAGGAAAUGACGGUAAAGAUUUUUUUUUUUUAUUGCAAACGUGUUGCAAAUGUCUUAUCCGUUUUUAAUCUACCUGGGGCAAAUUUCGUUUUCAGGAAAUGCUAGUUUCCUGUCUUCUUCUUUUUAUUUUUUUUUUCUCCCCUACCAAUUUUUACGUUCCC